GCCCAGCAACUGUGUAGUGCUCUGGAAGACAGGGUGCAGAAUUACGAUCCGGAUUUGAGCUAGAACACAGGACAUGGCACUAGAGGGAAGAGCUACCAGCGUGCUGACCUCCAGCCUGCUGAGGACAGUCAUGGCCUCCAUCUGUCUCAGCUCCAGCAUGGCCCAGACGGUAACUCAAGCCCAGACUGCAACUUCAGUGAUGGAGAAGGGAAGUGUGACCUUGGGCUGUGGAUAUGAAACCAGUGAUACUACUUAUUACUUAUUCUGGUACAAACAGCCGCCCUCUGGGGAAAUGAUUGCUCUUAUUCGUCAGGACUCUUAUAAUGAGAAGAAUACAUCAGAGGGUCGGUAUUUUCUGACCUUCCUGAAAUCAGCCCGUUCCAUCAACCUCACCAUCUCGGCCUCACAGCUCACUGACUCCGCAGUGUAUUUCUGUGCUCUGAGAGAACACAGAGAUGUGGGUGCCUGCAGGAGCCCUACAGAAACCUCAACAGGAGACAGUGCCCCUAGGGGAGGGGCUCCCUCACAGACAGGAAGAAGCAGGGCUGUGUCAACACAGCUGGGGAUUGAAAAAAGGUGGAAGGAGCCAGCAGCGGUAUGGGAAGUGGGCUUCAGGAACUACAGUUUAGUCACAACCCUUGUAAAAAGUAAACCUAAUCCUAGAGAAAAGAUUAGGUAUGAAGAUGGUUCUUUAAAAGUUUUGGGAAACCACCAGGAGGCAAUGUCUCAUUCAGAUGUGGUUUAUAUUUGCAUAGAGGUGGUGAUUGACAAGCAUAUUUUCUUUGCAGAAGCAAAAGAGACUGUUGUGCAGAAAGAGGCUCUUAGUUUGAGUGAGGAGUUUCUCUAA